ACAGUACGUUACAACUUCGUAAUCCAACAGUUGCUGCAUUUCUAGUUUGCUCUGGUCGUUUCAACAGUUUCUGCCCUGCUGAGAAUCGAGCCAUCAAGAACCAACGCAAACCACACAAGACCACACCGGACCUCACCGCACCGCACCACACCGCACCACACCGCACCUCACAAAUGAACGGAGUCGGUGGCUACUGUGCCAACGACGGCGACGAAAGCACGACGUCCUCGGAAGCCAACGACGAUGAUUUCGGAACGGACCCGCGGAGCGGACCGAUGGGGGGAAAGACGAUGGUGGUCGGGGGAAAGACCGUGGCGGCCGGGGGCAAGACAAUGAAGGGCAUCACGGGGGACUGCGAGGACGAGAACGAGGACGAGAACGACAGCGACAGCGUGGAUACAGGAGCGGAUCAGACCUCGAUCGAUGCGGAAGGAGAGGACGGCGAUAUGGAGGUCGAAGAGGAGGAGGAGGAAGAGGAAGAGGGGCACGUCGACGACGAAGAAACAGAGGACGAGGAGGAAGACGGCGUCUUUCAGCAACAGCAACAGCAACAGCAGGAGGAGGAGCAGUGGCAAACGAGAAAGAAGGAUUCUCCGCCGCUUCCCACACGGGGGAAGGGCCCGGUUUCCGGAAAGACCCCGUCCCAUUCGCACCUUCACGCGAAUGUUAAUGCGAAUGCCCCCCGGCCGGACCAUCCGCAACAACGGUUGCCGAGCACGGGAACCGACCAGUCCCAGCUCGAGGCCUGGAAGGAGGUCCACGCGGCCCUCACGCGGGCGGUCCUGGUCGCCAGGGAGGCCAUUGCUGCCAAGAAACUCCAGAGGAGGUUCUGGCUCGAGACCAUCUGCGCCAACCUCAAGCACCCCGACGAGGCGGUGGUGGCGGUUGCGGCUGCCUCCUCCGCARGCACCGAAAGCRGUGGGACCGGCGUCUUUGACCCCACCGAUCCCCCCACCGAGCUACCCCUCCUGAAGACCCACUCGGUGUGGAUCAAGCCCGACCAGAGGAAGAAGAAGCGGGGGUCCCAAAAGAACAAAUCGUCGUCGUUGUUGUYGUCGUCGUCUCCGGUCCCGGGGGACGGAAACGACACCGGGCCGACGGGCGGUGCUUCGCCGUCCCUCCACACCGAGGGACGGGCAGCAAAGAGACAAAAGACGUCGACCAGGCGGGCGGUCCUGGCCUCCGACGGCAGCAAGCCCCUGCUCUCCCUGCUCAAGGGMAACAAGGCCUCCCUCCGGGGCAAGGCCCGGGCGAAAAAGGCCCCCCCGGCCAAGGGAGCGGCCCUCGUCAAGAAGCGCAAGCGGGCCCUGCUGCCCACCAAGGCCAAGAAAGCGGCGGAAGCCAGCGCCAGCGCCGAGUUGUCCGCGGGGAACAGCGAGACAAACCCACCGGCCGGAAAACACAAACCGAAACCCAAGAUCCGUCUCAGCAUGAAGAGCCCAUCGGGGAGCAGGGCCUCCGUGCCNACUAUCUACUAGUACCAGUAGUAGAAAAACUUGCUUCUGAUGGCAUUGCUUAUCAGCAGCCAAUGAUUUCUGGUGAUACUAAGAAUACUUCUUUUGCUGGUGCUGUUACAUGUUCAAUCCUGUUUCUUUUGCUACUACAAUGAUGUAUGGCAUUUUGAAUUUGAAGUAAUACUAGUACUAGGUAAUUACUUGUUGACCAUGAAAACCAUGUCAAAAAUGUCAAAUCUAUCUGUCAAAGAUUUUAGUGGUACCAAUAAUAGUUGAAAGUAACA